GGCACAUGCAGCCGGCGGCAAUGGCCAGAGCCCCGUUACGAGCCCUUCGCCGAUUCUACCGGCUAUCAAUGCAAAGUGCGAGUGAACAAUCGGGAGUAUUGCACCGAGGUCUCGUAUGAGUCUCCGCAGCUCGCCAUGGAAAACGCCGCCCGGCAAGCCUACAUGAUCUGCCGGAACUUCUCGGCCAAUGAUGGAAUGGUUCCCGGUCAGCGUCCCGGUCAAACUUCCGGCAAAGGCCACAUCCAAGGAAUGCCGGUUGCCAUCGGAUCAGGAAGGAGAGGCACCCGGGACUCCAUCGUGAGCAAUGACGCCGGAAGCAGCGAGGGUACCAACAGUGGCGGCAACAGUCCCCGUGGCAUGGAAAGC